UGGACAAACGGAUGAAAGGAAGUGGGUGCUUUAUGGGUUGUAUGGGUCGACAAAGAAAAAGCUUUGCAAAAAACCAGUUUGUUGGCCGUUCGUCGUCGACGUUUCGCUUAACAAAAAGGUCACGACGCGAGGCUAAACGGGCUUGUGUGCAGGCGGAACAUCUUUUACCCCCUGGGGUGUUCAACGUUUGUCGGAGUGCACCGAACACCGUUUUAUCUCUUUAGGCUCCUCCUCUGCUAUCCCGUCGACCAUGCACCCGACAGCCUACCUCACAGUCUUGGCGUCCAUGUGGCUCAUUGGCGCCCAACUCUUUGGUCUCAUAUGCAUCUACUAUAGUUUCUUUCCUCCGAGUAUCCAGCACCCAAUUGCAAAAUGGGGGUUGAUGAGCUCUGGACUGAUGUUUCAAGAGGUGACGGGGGCGGUGAUUUUGGGGAAUUGGUGGCUGGUGGUCGCGGCGUGGUGGUUGGGGGUAUUUGAUACGACCUUGGGGAAACUCUCUAUAUCCCUUGUCACUAUGUCAAUGUUGGUAUUGUCGGCUAUCUUUUGUCAUGGGUAUAUUACAUCUCGUAUCGCAGUCGUCAAAGAGGUCCAAAGAAUGGAAAUCGAACUACAGUCUUCUGCGUCGCGGUUGGGUGUGUUUGAUAGCGUGCCCAUCAGUCUUCCAUUUUUCCUUCAGAGCGUGAUACCGUAUUGGCGACCUUGGGACGUGAUGGAACACCGUGAUAUAACGUACGUCACGGACGAAGAGUUGCGACAAUUUGGACGCAGCUCGGAACGCCAGCUCCAACUCGACGUUCUUCACCGGACGUCCGGACCCGCGAAGCGUCCCGUAUUAAUUUACAUCCAUGGCGGAGCAUGGCAAUUUGGUGAUAAAAGGAUGCUUACGAUGCCUGUGUGCUGGUAUAUGGCAUCGCAUAAUUGGGUGGUGGUAAAUAUCAACUAUAGACUCAGCCCUGGCGUUCUAUACCCGGAUCACUUGAUUGAUGCCAAGAGGGCCUUGCGAUGGGUACGGGAGAAUAUUCAUAAAUAUGGUGGUGAUCCAGAUUUUGUGGCAGUCAGUGGAGGUUCUGCUGGUGGACACAUUGCAAGCAUGAUGGCACUUACUCAGAACAAUCCAGCAUUCCAGCCGGGUUUUGAAAGCACCGAUACGUCCCUAUCGGCCUGCGUUGGCUACUACCCCGUGGUGGACAUGACUGGACAAAGCGGCUACGCUCACCGCAACGCUAACGAAUGGUUCGCCCGUGCCAUAUGCGGUCUUCCCAGCUUCGCAACCAGUAAAUCAUGGCUCAAGGACAACGCCUGUCCAAUUUCUGCGGCUGCCACUGCAGAGUCCAUCCCUCCUUUCCUGGUCCUUCAGGGCGGCAAUGAUGAAUUGGUACCCACAGGCUCUGUACGGCAUUUUGUGAAUGUAUUGCGAAAAAGGGAAGGUGCGUUGGUGUAUUACGUCGAGUUGCCAAGAGCGCAUCAUGCUUUUGAUGCGUUUUCGAGUCCGAGAGCGAAUGUGGCGAACUGGGCAGUUGCAGAGUUUUUGAAUGCUGUUCAUGCGAGGUGGGUAGAUGGUGCGGGGAAGCGGCCGGCAGUGAGUAAUUAGUGGCGGGCGUGAUUGGGUGGGUAACUGGAUAAGUAGCCCAUCUUUCUGUUUUCAUUUCUAUGAUGGACAUGUAGUGUGGUCCUAGUUAUUGCAUCAAGUUUCCUACACAUAAAAUAGACUCGAUUAUUGCAGCAAUAUAUAUCCUCGUUGGAACUAGU